AGUCCUCCCCAAAGUUCUCUCAUUUAUAUAAACCCCACACAUAUUCAUGCUGCUUUCACUUCUUAUUUUCCCGGGGUUUCAUCAAAAGUAAGAAACACACAGCUUCUCCCCUUCCGAUUUCGACACCGCUUUCCCGUCAGCCUCCUAACCCGACCCGAUCGCACAAAUAUCCGAUCCGAUUCAGUGAUCCUCCACGAAAUUCAAGUCUCCGGCGGAGUGGAAUUCACUCCAAUUCUUCCCCCAAACGUAUCGUCCGCGCCGGAGCUUAUCUCAGGUUCCGAAGGCUCCGAAUUCACAUACUUUCAUCUCAGCUCUCAGCUUACAUUCUCCGCGUAACGGCGUCGUUGCGGUGCGGGGGGCGUUGGAGAGACGAGAGACUGAUCGGAGAUGACGUACGGGACUCGUAUGCCGACGUGGAAGGAGAGAGAGAACAACAAGAGAAGAGAAAGAAGGCGAAGAGCUAUAGCGGCGAAGAUCUUUGCCGGUCUGAGAAUGUACGGGAACUACAAGCUCCCCAAGCACUGCGACAAUAAUGAGGUCCUCAAAGCUCUCUGCGACGAGGCCGGUUGGACCGUCGAACCGGACGGCACCACUUACCGCAAGGGAUGCAAGCCUGCUGAACGCAUGGACGUGGUGGGUGGAUCGACACUAGCUAGCCCAUGCUCGUCUUACCACCCAAGUACUUGCGCUUCCUACAAUCCAAGCCCAGGCUCUUCUUCCUUCCCAAGCCCGGCAUCAUCUUCCUAUGCUGCUAAUCAGAAUGCCGAUAGCAGGUCCCUUAUCCCAUGGCUCAAAAACCUCUCAUCUGGAUCCUCUUCAGCCUCCUCUUCUAAACUACCGAAUCUCUACAUCCAUGGUGGCUCUAUCAGUGCUCCUGUUACCCCUCCAUUAAGCUCCCCAACUGCCAGAACACCCCGAAUGAAAACUGACUGGGAUGACCAGUCUGCUCGCCCAGGGUGGAGCGGGCAGCAAUACUCCUUCCUGCCAUCUUCUACUCCACCAAGCCCUGGACGGCAGAUUGUUCCUGAUCCAGAAUGGUUUGCUGGGCUUCGGAUCCCCCAUGGACCAACUUCCCCAACAUUUAGCCUUGUUGCUUUGAACCCAUUUGGGUUUAAGGAUGAGGCUUUAGCUGGUGGUGGAUCUCGCAUGUGGACUCCGGGGCAAAGCGGGACAUGCUCUCCUGCCAUUGCAGCCGGCUCUGAUCACACUGCAGACAUUCCAAUGUCCGAGGUGAUUUCUGAUGAGUUUGCAUUUGGAUGCAACACAGCAGGGCUGGUUAAGCCAUGGGAAGGAGAGAGGAUUCACGAAGAGUGUGGAUCAGAUGAUCUGGAGCUCACUCUUGGGAGCUCAAGAACCAGGUAGAGGAUUGCACAAAGUGACCGAUCACUUGUCAUCGAACUAACUCUGAUUCCUUGUUUCUGCAAUGCCAGAUAAAGGAAAAGGAAUCAAGGUGAGCACAACUGGUAGCUCCCUUUCAUUUAUUUUUUAGAUUGUUUCUUUCUAGUUUUUAGUCAUAUUUAGUUAGUUAUUUCAAGGAGUGGGAUAGUUUUUUUACAACCUUUUCGUCAUUGUCUCUCAUUACCUAAAUUUCACUGGAAAGGAGUGGUAUGGCUCAAUGAUCAAAGGGGAUUGAAUUGGGCUUAAUAGCUGCUCAAAAUGGCCAAACCUUUUCCAACGAGUGAAUAGAUUAUAGAGUGUCUCCUCUUUACCAUUGGCUUUUGUACAUUCUUUGACAGUAUUGGUAUGUGUUUGGCAUGUUUUCUGUAUGACAAUUUGUUAUUAUAAAAAAAAGAAAAAGAAGUGCCUCUUACAAUUUUAUUAAUA